AUGGCCGAGUGUCGGCCCAGAGUGUGGUGGCUUGGGUCCCAGGAGCCAUCCUUCUCUGCCUCCGAGUGGAAGCAGCAAGUUACUGUGAUCUCCGAGGCAGCCAAGAGCAUUCCUCGCCAAAGCUUGACGUUUUAUUUUGAGCAGAGUCCCGAGCCGUCCAAGGAGGGACCGGGCCCAGAGACCGAGAAGUACGAUGGUGAACGAGAGUGUUCUUACAUCCAACACUUCUCAAGGCAGUUUCAGAAAGCCGUGAGCGCUGGCAAGAUUCCAGAAAAUGCUGUGCCACAGUUGCGGCAUCUCAGGCCGUCGUAUGUGUGCGCAGCUUUGCGGGGUCUGGCUCCGUGCCAGCAGGCAAUUGCUGACCUGGCCCUCAUGAUGAUCACCUACAAGCAUGGCGCCUUGAAGGACUUGCCCGUGGCCGUUGCUGACGUGUCACAGAGCAGUGACCGAUUGCAGAUGUCAGUCACAGGCAUUUGGGGAACUCUGACGACGAGUUCCAAGCUUUUCGAUUUUAAGUCGGAGAGGUUCAUGCAUCCGAGAAUGCACAUGCAGCUCUUGGGAAUGGACAUCGACGAUGUGUGCCUGACUUGGUUGAAAGACAAGGAGCCCCUGCGACCACUAGAGAUGACGGACAUGGCCGGCAACGCAAUGAGCAUUUCACAAUGCACACAGGCACUGCUGCCAUUGCUUUCCCACCUCGGUUACUUCGAACCUGGCGCGAUCACUCCAAAGAGUGUUGGCCCGGCUCCUCUUUGCAAGCGUGUGCAAGGCAGCUCUGCCGCAGGUGCAGGUGGCAAGGAGAUAUCCGUUCUGUGGGUUGCUGGUGGCGGCCUUGCGUCACCACUUCUUUUGGACAAGGAGGCUUGGCCUAGGAAGCCGAUGGCGGCCGUGAAGGUUGUUGAGUUUGCACUUGAGCCUACCAUGCAGCAAGCCCGGGUUCUGUAUGCCAAGGCCUUUCCAAAGGUUGCAUGCUUGCAAACGAGCCUUGACGUCAUACAGGUCAGGUGCCUCAAGUCCGUGAUUGUGGCUGGGCGGGCGCCGGCAAGCAAGAAGGCCACCGAAUGGUUCCUGAAGUCAUGGAAAGAUUUUUCCAGCCACCGUGGCGCAAAGAUCGUGUUAGUUCUGGCCAGCCCCCGGCCGCUUGCAAUCCCAGAUGAGACUGCAUGUGGUUGGAUCUUUGGCAGCCAUGAGAUUGGUUGGUCUUUGUUCUCCAACUUCGACACGUCUUGCUACGUCACAAUCCUUUGCCAGAAUGAAGGUCGACAGGGCUCGGAUAUGUCUAAGAUGCUGGCGGAAAAGUUGGGGGGGGUCCUGAGGCUGCCCAAUGUCCAGGGCGUCAACAGGCACGUCAAUGAGGAGCUGCCAAAAACGGAGAGCACCAACAAGAGGGACCUGAAGAUCCUGGCCGCUGCGCAGAAGCUGGAAGGCUUUGCUGAGAGCGGCAAAAGCAGCCAGACUCGCUUCGUCGAUGCAUCGCGCAGGUCUUUGCCAGUGAAGCUUGGCAUUCCGGAUCCGACAAGGGCUUCCUUGCCUGUGUCCAUCGCCGAGGAUGGACGUGUGAACCGGGUGUGCAUGCUUGACGCCUUGGGGUACAGAGAUGCAGACGCAAAUUUGUCCUUGCUCUCCACCGCUUCUCAGCAGUCCAUGCUGGCCUGUACAUUUCCCGCGGCUGUUGUGGCCACAAUGCUGAAUGCAGCUGCCGAGUUCUUGUGA